AAAUAAAAAAAAAAUAAAAUAGAAAGGAAUAGAUAAUUGUGUGUGCGUGUGUGAGUGAGUUAGUAAAUGAGAAGAGAGGGAGGUGUAUAGUAGAAAAUAAUGUGUAAUUUCCAUUCUGCCUUUCAUCCACUACAAUGUUUAGAAUAGCGAUUGUGUCGGGCGCUAUGAAUUCAUAAUUUUUGAUUAAUAAUAAAAUUAAUAAUAGGAUUACGUGAACAGUUAAGGAUAUCAAAUUUAGCAUUUAUGUCUGUGUACGUAGAAGGUGUCUAUCGAGAAAAAAAUCUGUCAAUAAUAGUUUCCUUGGUAUUUUUUCCUCUUUUUUUUUGCGAUUCGGGAUGAUGGGUGACUAAAUGCUCAAGUAUUGAUUUUAUGAAAUAACAAAAUUCUGUUUUUUUUGUUCGUACCACACAACAGCUGCGUAUAUACGUAGGUACAAACAUGCGGAGCAGCAGUCUAUUAUAGUAAUUGUUGUUGGGCAUACCACAUUCUUUUUCGCAAAGUUUUUUACUUCCUCGUACGCCUACAAAGAGAGCAACAAAAGCGGCCCGUAAAAGUGAAAAUGCUGCAGCAGCGUUGUAAUUGCAGCAGCCGCUUUUGAAUUGAAUUCUUUUUCUAAAAACCAGAGAAGCAAGAAAACACAUUCAAGUGUUUUUAUAAAUAAAAUUUUUUUACAAAUAUUUUAAAAGUAUUUAAAAAAAGCAUUCAGAGCUCAAGCAAUCAAUAGAUUUCUGUUGAACAAGUUUACGUGCAUUACAAUGCUUGCUUGACGAAAUUCUUUAGUGUUCUUUUGAAAAACAAUUAAAAUGUAAAAUAAAAAGUCUGUUGUUUGUUAAAGACGGGGUUUUCGGAAUAACAAAAUCUUCAUGCAUAUGAAAAACUCUUGAACCUCCCCCUUAACAAAAUUGUUGGUGGAGUAAUAUUAUUGUCGCUUACGGUAGUGGCAUUGUAUUUGUAUGCAAUACGUAUAAGACUAUCUACGUUUCAAACUACAUACAUGUUUAUAUAUAUAUAUAUAUAUACAAAUAUAUAUAUAUGUUCAUGGUAAUAGUACCUGUCAUAAAUGAUGUCAGUCGUUUCCAUUGAGCCAAAGAGAGGGAGUUGUACAAAAGUUAAGAAUAUAAUAAAAGAAUCUCUAGAAGAAACUUGCACAAAACGUUUAAAAGUUCUCGAAUCCGUUAUAUUAGAAAAUGGCAUGUCACAAGGCAUGUUGUUGGUGGCCGACAAUAAGGAUGCUGACGAUGAAUGCUUACCGCCACACGGCAAGGCCAUAUCUGUCGAAACUCUAUUGGAUGCUCUUCUAUUGCUAUAUGAUGAGUGCUCAAAUUCAUCUUUGAGAAGGGAAAAGACAGUUUCAGAUUUUAUUAAAAUUGUUAAACCUGUGGUUAGCUUGGUGAAAAGGUUACGCUUAACACGUGAUGAUUUUGAAAUUAUCAAGAUUAUAGGCCGCGGUGCCUUUGGCGAAGUGUGUGUGGUACGUAUGAAUAGCACUCAAAAAAUCUAUGCCAUGAAAAUUUUAAAUAAAUGGGAAAUGUUGAAACGCGCCGAAACGGCUUGUUUUCGAGAAGAACGUGACGUUUUAGUUUACGGCGAUCGUCAAUGGAUUACAAAUUUGCAUUACGCUUUUCAAGAUGAAACCAAUUUGUAUUUGGUUAUGGAUUAUUAUUGCGGCGGAGAUCUGUUGACGUUGUUAAGUAAAUUUGAAGAUCGUCUUCCCGAGGAUAUGGCUAAAUUCUAUAUUGGCGAAAUUAUUUUAGCCAUUAAUAGCAUUCAUCAGUUACGUUAUGUUCAUCGUGACAUCAAACCUGAUAAUUUGGUAAUUGAUGUUAAUGGUCAUAUACGUUUGGCUGAUUUUGGUAGUUGUUUGCAAUUGGGUGCAGACGGUAAAGUGCAAUCAAAUGUCGCGGUAGGUACACCGGAUUAUAUAUCGCCCGAAAUUUUACGAGCAAUGGAAGAUGGCCAGGGUCGCUACGGUGCCGAAUGCGAUUGGUGGUCAUUGGGUGUGUGCAUGUAUGAAAUGUUGUACGGUGAGACGCCAUUUUAUGCCGAGAGUCUCGUAGAGACUUAUGGCAAAAUUAUGAAUCAUCAAAAUUGUUUCGAUUUCCCGCCCGAAGACAAUAUGCAUAAAGUUUCAGAGGCUGCCAAAGAUCUUAUACGCCGACUUAUAUGUGCUCCGGAAUUUCGACUGGGGCGCAAUGGUAUUGACGAUUUCAAAUCGCAUCCUUGGUUUGAAGGUGUCGAUUGGGAUAAUUUAAGGCAUGGCCCUGCACCUUACGUGCCCGAUGUUUCCAGUCCUACAGAUACCUCAAAUUUCGAUGUGGAUGACAAUACAAUACGGCAUUCAGAUUCUGUACCGCCCACUUCAAAUCCUGCAUUCUCUGGCUUCCAUUUACCCUUCGUGGGUUUUACUUUCACACAAAAUAGUUGUCUCUCCGAUUUAGGAAAACUUGAUCUAAACUUAUUAACUGAGCGCAAAACCGAUGACUUACUUUUCUACAAUAAUCUUAAACAGGAAUUAUUGAACGAGAAAAAUCUUUCACCAGAAUGUACACGCCAAAUACUCGAUGAAUUGCACAUAUUUACCAAAAAGAAAUCUGAACUGGACAGUAACAGUUCGGGUGAAAAAGAUUCUAGUACGAUGAAUACGGAAACUUCGGAGAUGGAUAGCGCUGCGAAGGCACGUCUACACGAUUUGGAUCAUGAGAUUAAAGAGUUGAAGCGUGAAAAAAUUGAUCUAAUUAAAGAAUACAAUGAUGCCUUAGAUCGCAUUAAGCAGCAGGAUUCCGAAUUAAAAGAUGCUAUAAGCCAAAGAAAUCUGGCCAUGAUGGAAUACUCAGAAGUUACCGACAAAUUGUCAGACCUAAGAAGUCAAAAGCAGAAACUUUCCAGGCAGGUCAGAGAUAAGGAAGAAGAAUUGGAAACGGUGAUGAAAAAGAUUGAUAUAAUCCGCAACGACCUGCGUAAAUCCGAUAAAUCUCGUCGCGAAUUAGAAAUGCGUAUUGAAGAUGCUCUAACGGAUGUAGCGAGCGAAAAGAAACAAAGAGAACGUACGGAAGAACUUUGUCGUCAAUUUCAAGAUGAACUGAAUAAAAAAAGGAGUUCAGAUCCUUACACUACUGGUUCCCAAGCGGCUGAAGCAUCACGAUAUGAAAUAGAGCGCUUAGAAAUCGACUGUACAUCCAAAUUAAAUCAACAACAAGCGCGAUAUAAUUUGGAAAUAUCUGCCCUCAGAGAACAAUUAAAGGAAUCGGAGAAAUAUCAGGAAACUCUUUUAAAAGAACUACAACAAACACGAGAAAAAUAUGAAUGUAGCAAAUUGGAAACACUUAGCGAUACUACAGAUACCAUAUCUGAAUUAAAAGAGGACUACGAUAAAGAACGUAGUACUUGGCUGGAAGAGAAGCAGCGUCUGUUAUUAGAAGUUGAAUUGCAAAAUAAGAAAUCUAUACAGCUGCAGGCAAAACAGCAGGAGUACGAUGAAAAUUAUGAGGAAUUAAAAUCCAAACGUCAAGCUAUUAGUCAGUGGGAGAAGCAAAUGUCCGAAAUUAUACAAUGGGUGUCAGAUGAAAAAGAUGCUAGAAGUUACUUGCAAGCUUUAGCCACCAAAAUGACCGAAGAACUAGAAUAUUUAAAACACUCAGGACCUUUCUAUAAGAAAAACAACGAUAACAAUAAAAACUGGCGUAACAGAAGAUCACAAAAGCUGGACAAAAUGGAAUUAUUGAAUCUGCAAUCAUCCCUACAGUCCGAAAUACAAGCCAAGGCAGCUAUAUCCGAGGAAUUAAGUAAAACAAGAGCCGAUUUGAUAGCCACACAAAAGGACUUGAAUGAAUGUCGCAAACGUUGCGAAUCGGCUAUUUAUGAACUGCAUUUUAAAGAGAAUCAGUUACGUGAUAUACAAAAAGGCUUGGAAACAUCUAAAGGCUUUCUGGAGCGUUCCAAUUCACAGGUAUCUUAUAACUAUUUCAAUAAGGAAACAGCAGCCAGUUUCAAAGAAUCGGAUCCGAACAUUUGCGGUAUCUCUCUAAGUGAAACCGUGAUGAAUUCAUCAUCGAAUAUAUUUUUUUCGGAUGACGAUCAGCGUCAACAGUUGCAUAUGUCCGCCAUGUACGGUGGCGGCAGCGGUAGUGGCAAUUAUCAUCCUAGCAAUUUAUCACCUGAACAAAAUCUCUCGUACGGAGAUGAGGGUAAAAUGCGUGUUAGUAAUACAAGUUCAAAAAGUAAUUUGAGUUGUAAAUCAAUAGACCCACAGCAAACACAACAGCAACACCACACGCCCAGUCUUCAUAAACAGAAAAUUCAUCAAUUUUUGGUACGCACAUUUAGCAGUCCAACGAAAUGUAAUCAUUGUACAUCGUUAAUGGUGGGUCUGACGCGACAAGGCGUUGUCUGCGAAAUUUGCGGAUUCGCUUGUCACACGAAUUGCUGUCAAAAGGUUCCUACAGUUUGCCCAGUACCAAAUGACCAAACCAAACGUCCCCUAGGUAUUGACCCAACAAGGGGCAUCGGCACAGCCUACGAAGGUUACGUUAAAGUCCCAAAGCAAGGUGUAGUGAAACGCGGUUGGGUGCGACAAUUUGUGGUAGUGUGUGAUUUCAAACUCUUCCUCUACGAUAUAUCGGCAGACCGUAGCGCUCUACCAUGCGUAAAUGUUUCACAAGUGCUGGAUAUGCGAGAUACGGAGUUCGCGGUUACCAGCGUGCGUGAAAGCGAUGUUAUUCAUGCCGCUAAAAAAGAUGUGCCAUGUAUCUUUAAGAUAAAAACAUCAUUAAUUGAGGGUGGUCCAUGCUUAAAUACGCUUAUGUUGGCUGACAAUGAAUCAGAGAAAACCAAAUGGGUGGUGGCUUUAAGUGAAUUACAUCGCAUUCUCAAACGCAACAAUCUUCCAAAUACUGCUAUUUAUAAAGUCAACGAAAUUCUAGAUAGUUCUUUAGCUCUAAUGCGUAAUGCUUUAAGCGCGCUUAUCAUAUAUCCCGAUCAAUUGCUAUUAGGUACCGACGAUGGUCUUUAUUGCAUCAAUUUCGAUCAGUACGAAAUUGCUCGCAUUGGUGAUAGCAAGAAAAUCAUACAAAUCUGGUACAUUGAAGAGGAGCAUAUUUUCGUUUUGCUAUGUGGGAAACAACGCCAUAUACGAUUGCUGCCGAUACGAGCAUUAGAGUGCAGCGACGUUGAAUGGAUUAAAGUUGUUGAUUCCAAAAAUUGUGUCGCGGCUUGCACGGGUAUCAUUAAACGUAUACCUACGGUGGUUUAUUGCUUUGUAGUGGCUUUAAAACGACCCACGAAUCAAACGCAAAUAAUUGUUUACGAGAUAAAUCGUAAUCGUUUGCGACACCAGAAAAUGUGCGAAUUCACUGUCGCGUAUACGGUGCAAUGCGUUCAAAUAUUAUCAGACAUGAGACUGGUUAUUGGGCAUCAAAGUGGCUUCACCGCCUAUCUACUGCAAGGUGAAGCGACUGCAAUGUCUUUAAUACAUCCCGAAAACCAGUUGUGUGCCUUUCUGAACUAUUCUGGCGUUGAUGCAAUACGUGUCAUCGAAAUACAAUGUUCCGCUGGAGGCUAUGGUGAAUAUUUGUUAGUUUUUCAAACGCUUGCCAUCUAUGUGGAUUUGCAAGGGCGAAAAUCACGCGAUAGAGAGAUUAUGUAUCCAGCUGUGCCCACUCAUAUAACUUAUUCAGAGGGCCAUUUACUGGUGUUUUCUGAAACGCAUUUAGAUAUAUUUAAUACACAAACUGCCGAAUGGGUCCAAUCUAUUGGCCUCAAACGUUCGCAGCCAUUAAGUCAACAGGGUAACAUUGUACUCACUUAUGUUAAUGAUGCUCCUUACAUAGUUUAUUUAGCUAACAUCCACACAAAAGGCUUCUUCCAAACAAAAAACAUUAAACGUAUUAGCGGCAUAAAUACCAAACGACGCUUUUCUAUGCGUGAAAUUAAUAAAACUAUAAAGAACACUGACAGAAGAUCGAAAAUGAUCUCUGCUCCCACAAAUUUUAAUCACAUUUCUCAUAUGGGUCCCGGGGAUGGUAUACAAAAUCAACGCUUAUUAGAUUUACCCACUUCUAUAGAAAGUCCAAAUGAGUCACGUAGUCAAUUGUUAAAUAUGAUACAACCGGAUAUGGCGUCGUUAAAACAAUUUAGGCAGCUUAAAAUUGGUCAUAAUAAUGGUAUGAUGCAAAAGAGCACAAUGAACGAACAACAAUCGGAACAUAACUAUUCCGAAUCUCGUUCACCUAGCCCUUUCGGCAAUGAGUCUUCAUCUUUUAAGGAUAUGUUUGAGGAUGAACUAUCGUUGGGGGCUCAAUUAAUGAGUGACAAUAAUCAACAGUGACAUUCACUGCGUUCAAUACUUUCCAUAUUCUCCGAACAACAUCCAUAAAGAUACCGCUACUUACGUACGGCCUAUAUCGCUAUCAACCUUUUUCUUUCUCUCUAUCCAUAAUACGUUUCCCAAAAAAAAUAAAAAAUAAAUAAAUAAAAGAUAAUAAAUUUUUAA